AUGUAUUCUCUACAGGAAUAUACAAACCACAGGAUGAAAGCAAACUGAAGAAAAAACCGAAAGCUAUAUUAACUGGUGUGGAUAUUUAUAAGCAAAAUGGCAUCCGAGGUUUUUAUGCAGGCUUAGUACCUAUGUUGUGGAGAGAUGUUUUGGGCAGUGGAUUGUACAUAUGGUCGUAUCAAUACAUACGAUUCAAUUAUCACGGGCACUUAGACUUGAAUCCAGGACCAUUCGAGACAUUAAUGGCUGGAGGAAUGGCGGGUGUACUAUCCUGGAUGCCAGUAGUACCUUUGGAUACGAUUAAAUCCAGAAUCCAAGCAGAUGAUGCAAAGAAUCCAUUUUAUAGAGGCAUGAUACAUUGCGGGACACAACUACUCAAAGAAGGUGGUUACAUAAACUUUUACAAAGGAUUUCAAAUGAUCGCUUUACGCUCCUUCAUUGUUAAUGCAACUAUGUUUUAUGCUUACGAAUGUAUGCUUGACUGCUGGAACUACAUUCGAAUAAAACCACGUUAA